GCGACGCGGGCGGCGGCGACCAUGCUGCCGCGCCCGCUGUGCCCCGCGGCGGGCCGCGGCGGCGGCGAUACCGGGACGGCGGGGAGGCGGGCUGCUGUGUGCACCCGGCCGCGGCGGCGGGGCGGCGGCGGCGGCGGCGGCGCGGUGCUGCUGCCCUCCAUGCUAAUGUUCGCUGUGAUCCUGGCCUCCAGCGGGCUGCUGCUCAUGAUCGAGAGGGGCAUCUUGGCCGAGGUGAGGCCGCCGCCGCUGCACCCGGCGGCAGGCGGUGAGCCCGCGCGGCAGCGGUCGGCAGCAAGCAGCAGUGGUGGGGGCGACCUGGAGUACCAGGUGCUGCAGGACACCCGCAACCGCACCAUCAACGCCGUGUGUGGACAGCGAGCCAUGCCCCGCAGCGUCUGGGACCUGACUCCCAGCCAGCGCAGGACUGUCCUCAAGCACCUCCUGGUCAGCGACAAGUACCGCUUCCUCUACUGCUAUGUCCCCAAGGUGGCCUGCUCCAACUGGAAGCGCAUCCUCAAGGUCCUGGAUGGGGCCCUGGAGAGUGUUGAUGUCAAGCUUAAGAUGGACCACAAGAACGACCUGGUCUUCCUCAGCGAUAUGAAGCCCGACGAGAUCAGCUACCGGCUGAAGAACUACUACAAGUUCAUCUUUGUGCGAAACCCGAUGGAGAGGCUCCUGUCCGCCUAUCGGAAUAAAUUUGGAGAAAUCAAGGAGUACCAGCUCAAGUAUGGUGUGGAGAUAGUGAGACGGUACCGGAAGAGCAGGGGACAGUCCACAGGCAAUGACGUAACUUUCUCCGAGUUUCUGCAGUACCUGCUGGAUGAAGAGGCCGAGCGCAUGAACGAGCACUGGAUGCCCAUCUACAACCUGUGCCAGCCUUGUGCCGUGCGAUACGAUUUCAUUGGCUCGUAUGAAAGGCUCAAUGUGGAUGCCAACUAUGUGCUCGAGCAAGUGCAGUCACCCUCUUUCAUCCGCUUCCCAGAAAGACAGUCGUGGUACAAGCCCGUGACAGCAGAGACACUACAUUACUAUCUAUGCAAUACUCAGCGCAGGCUUAUAAAAGAACUGCUGCCAAAAUACAUCCUGGAUUUCUCCUUGUUUGCCUAUCCUCUUCCAAAUGUAACCAGCGAAUUUUGCAGGCAAUGAACUUUUUCCUACUGUGGAGGCUCCCCAAACACAUUUUUUCUGGUACAAGGAGGCAUGCUGCAAAGUGGAUUUUUUUUUGGUUGCCUUUGUGGUUUUGAUACUAGCAAAAAUAGACCAACAGAAAGGGCUUUUUGUCAGCUUUGUUUCAGAACCUGGUGUAAACUCGAGCUACACUGCAGGCCUUUGCUAAUAUAACCAUUUCUAUGAAUAAUAUGUUGCUUCAGGGUCAGUGAAACACUCUGUUCUAUGCAUUAGUUCCUUAUUUUAUACUUUUGAAACACUUUUAAUAUGUUAUAUGUUGCCUUUUCUACUAGAAUACCUUUUUAAUCUUUAUAUUGCUCCAGUUUUAAUAUGUACAUAUGCCGCUGAAUUAAGCACAAUAGCUUUUGUAUGUCUAUUUUUUUAAUUCUUUUUAUGGCAUGACACCGAAAAUAUCCAUAGGAAAAUCAAGAAAUAGCUAUAUUUUAAAUGCAAUGCAUUUUUUCUUCCAUUUCUGUGUUUCAUACUACUGGCUGAAUCACAGACAGAACCUAAUAUAGUACGUGAUGCCCUAAAAGGUACUCCAUGUCAAGUAAAACUGUUCCUGGAUAAGACUGGAGGUAGGUUUAGGGGAGGGAAUAGGAAAAAAGGCUUUUGUAAACUAGGCCCUACUAUCCUUUAUUUUCUCAUCUGUAAAUGGUGGUUAAAUGAGUCUGGUUUUGUUCUGUGUCAGUAGUAAUACUUCCUGGGUUUUUCUUUUAUUUAUCAUUUUUUUUAAAUAGUGAUAAGACAAAAAGACCCUUAAUCUUUUUUUCUGUGAUUUAAGAUUUGAAAGUACUGAUUAUUUACCUAGCAAAGCAUAUUUCAUGCAACCUUGUGUCCUAACAAUUUGUUCUUCUGUUUCUCUUGCACUUAAAGUAAUACAGAUUUCUGAUAAGAUAAAAAAUAUCCUAGCUCAUAAGACAGAAAACAACAACCAAAACAAUUUUUAUGUGCCUGCUUGCAGACUCUGGGAAUGUUUGUGUGCCCACAUUCAAACAAACCACCAUGGAAAAGUUCCUUCUCCAGGCACAUUUGAAACAACUGAAAUUGGAUGAUUAGUUCUCCUUCUUUAAUAGAUGUGGAUACAAUUUCCGUAGCUACUUGUAUUUAAUCAUGACUGUCACAUUGUACAGUAUCUUCCAAGCUUUUACAAUGUUGUUCCUGGGAAGCUGUGUCCUUAUUUUUAUUAAAAUGUUUAUAUAAAUUA